AUGGAAUAUCACCAAUUCCUUUCAAUCUAGGUAUUUUCGAAUAGAAAAUUCAGGAAAUUAUUUGUGAACCUAAUCAAGAUCAAAAACCUGAUUAAAAAAGAGAGUCUCCAAACUAAUCUAAAAAAACCAAUAUAUAUAUAUGAUCUAAAUUGAAUACUUACAUGAAUAAUAUUUGGUCAAGUUUAUGCCCUAAAAACACAAAUUGCCAUCAAGUCGCAAAGUAUUCUUGUAACAAACUCUGGACAAGAUUCUCCAACUUAAACUUAAUAGAAUGAAUCACUGAUAAUAAAGUCAUAAGAUAAAUCAUAUCAUAAUAUCAAAUUGAUUUAUGAUGAAUAUGUAAGAAAUUAUUUAAGAAUAGCCUCCAAUUACAGAAAUAAUGAAUUUAAAAGAAAAACUAAAGUUAAUAGAUCAAGUUCACUUCAGUCUGAAAAGGAAAAUGUGUAAUAUUUUGGAGAUGUGAAAUUUAAUAUGAAAUGUAGCUUUGGUAAAUAGUUUGAUAAAAAUAACUUAAGGUAUUACUAAGAUGAAUUUCUAUGGAUCAAUUUCAUGGUUAAGGUGCUUAAAUUAGUAAGAUUGUACAAGUAAUUUUCAUAUUUUCUAAUCUAGCAAGGUAUAUUUUUUUAGGAGAGCUAGCAGAGGAGGCAUUUCCCUUCUUAUCGCGAUCUUAUGAUUUGAAAAUACAAACUUUCCAAAAUUAUCUAAAUGGGGCAACAUUUACAGGACUAAUUGAUGAUAAAGGAUAAAAAAGUGGCAUUAGAAAAUAUAUUUGGAAAGUUGGGUCUACAUAUAUUUUGGUGAAUUCUUUGGUGGUAGUUUUAAUGGAUUUGGCUAAAUGA